AUGGCAGAUAAAACUUUAAAUAGUGUAAAUAGUGACUACCGUCUUCCUUGGAUUAAAUAUGAAAAUAUAUUUAAAAUUGUAAAAUUAAAAGAAGAUUUUGAAUCAUACCAAAAAUAUUUGGUUCGUUAUAAAUAUUGUGUAUCAACUAAAUUAUUAACAGCAGACACAAGGACAUGUUCAAAUCUGUUAAAACAUUUAGAAAUGCAACAUAAAAAUGUUUGGACUUCGAAAAAUGACGAGACUGUCGAGACUCAAACCAAAUUGAAGAGAACAAGUGAUUAUGUUACAGAAGAAACAAAUGAGAGCUUAAAUUUGGUGAAAGAAAAGAAAUCAAAAGUUACUACUAUAUUAGAUUUUUCUAGAAAAAAUACUUUGACAUCUCAAAAGGAGUUAAAUUUGAUGAUUCAAAAUCUAGUCAUUAAUGCUUCAUUGCCAUUUAAUUUAGCGGAGCAUGAAGACUUUAAAAAAUUGAUAACAGUUGGAUAUAAUGGUUGCCAUGUAUUAACAAGGAAAACAUUGAUGAAAAAUAUAACUGUUCAACAUGAAAAUCUCAUACUUACAAUGAAAGAUGCAUUUUCCAAACUCGAAUAUUUGACCACAACAGCUGAUUGUUGGUCUAUUUUUAAAUGGUCAUAUUUAUGGUUGACAUGCCAUUGGAUUAAUCCAAAAACUCUUGAAAGAGUAUCUUGUUUGUUGGCCAUUAAAAGAAUAAAGGGUAGUCAUACGUACGAUAUAUUAGCUAAAGAAAUGGAAUCAGUAUAUUUGUACUUUAAUAUUAGUGAUAAAGUCAUAUAUACAACUACUGAUAACGGAUCAAAUUUUGUCAAAAGUUUCCAGUAA